AUGAACCAGUGCGACGGCGGUUCCUGCCGCAUCAGCCUGCCGCGGCCCGGCGACGGCGACGCCCGGGUCUUCGACGGCGCGGCGUCGAGCCAGCGGCACGUGUCGAUGCCGCUGGCGACGUUCCUCGCCGUCGCCGUCGCGCGCGACGCCGACGCGGACCCGGACGCCGCGGCCGUCGCGAGGACGGUGCCCGGCUUCGACGACGCCGACGCGCACGACGACCUCUACGCCUGCCAGCUCGCGCCUGUGCUCGCGCUCGCCGGGUCCGGCGCGCCGGCCGCGCCGCUGCGCGAGGCCCUGGCCGCGGGCGCGCUCGCGUGCGUGCCCGCCUGGGCGGCGGCGGCGCGGGCCGCGGCGGAGGCGGCGCUCGACGGCGGCGAAGGCGACGCGUCGCUGCACGCGUGGCUCGGCGCGUCGCGGGGCCUCGGGACGACGACGGCGGCGCACUACGACGGCUACCAGAACUUCAUGUGCGUGCUGUCCGGCCGCAAGACCGUCGAGCUCUGGCCCCCCGGCGAGCGGGCGCUCUGCGCGUCGGCGCCGGCCUGGGAGCACCACGCGCGCGCGGCGCCGCCGCCGCCGGCCGCCGUCUUCGACGUGGGCGCGGGCGACGCGGCCUUCUGGCCCGAGGGCUGGUGGCACCGCGUCACCUCCGCGCCGCGCACGCGCGCCGUCAACGUCUGGUGGCGCGGCGCGCGCCACGCGCUCGUGUCGCUCCCGGCGCCGCUCGCGCCCUUCGCGCUGCGGACGCUCGCGCACCGCUGCGCGGAGGCGCACCUGAAGACGGUCGUCGACGCCGCGCGCGGGAAGCGGCGGCGCGUCGAGGGCGUGGACCCGCUGCUGCCCGCGGCGCGCGUGCGAGCGGCCGCCGCCGCGCUGGGCGAGGCCGCGUGGCGCGACGCCGUCGCGCGCUUCGACGACGAGACGUGCUACCUCGUCGACGAGCUCCACGACGACCUCGACGUCUUUUUUCCCGGCCCGGACGCCGCGGACGCGCGCGCCGCCUUCGACGCGAAGAAGGACCGCUACGCCGCGGACGCGCUCGCCGCGGUCGUCCGCGACAUCACGGGGACAUCCGACGAAAGCAUGGACCCGAAGCGGUCCGCGCCCGUGGAGUGGUCGCCGAGCGCGUCCGAGCGGCAGCUCAGCCCCUACGAGUACCUCCAGUUCAUCCAGCGAAAGGCCGUCAGCGAGAACGCCGUCGUCAAAGCCGUGCGCCUCGACGACCUCGAGCCGCUGCGCGCGGCCGUGCGCGGCGGCCGGCGCAUGAACGCCUGCAACCGCUACGGGGAGACCUUGGUCCACGCGGCGUGUCGCGCCGGCAGCCAGCGGUCGCUCGCGUACCUGUUGGCCCACGGCGGCACGCUGCGCUGCUGCGACGACGCGGGCCGCGUGCCCCUCCACGAGAGCUGCCGCGCGGGCCAGCCCUGCCUCGCCAUCGCGCUGCGGAUCCUCCUCGAGGACAGCCGGCAGGCGCACGCGUUGGACGCGCGCGGGAGCGCGCCCCUCGAGUACGCGCCGCCCGAGGCCUGGAAGGCCUGGUACGCCUUCCUCCACGAGCACAAGCAGCGCCUGCGGGGGCUGGUGGCGGACCACCCGUCCAAGGCCGGCAAGGGCCGCGCGGGCGAGAGCCCGCGGUCGCGGUCGCCGCCGCGGCCCGAGGCCGCGCCCGCGCCGCCCCGGGCCGCCGCGCUGCCCGGCGCCGCGAAUUUCGCGGCCGCCGCGGCCCUGCCGCCGUCGCCCAUGCCGCCGCCGCCGCCGCGGCCCGGCCGCGCGCCGUCGCCCGUCCUCCGGAGCCCGCCCCUGGAGUCGUCGGGCGGUUCCGCGCCGAACUCGUGCCCGACGCGGACGCGGUCCAUGCUCGACGCCCUGAGCCCCAUGCUCCCCACCGUCGAGGCCAUCGCGCCCCAGCGCGCGCUCAAGCACCGCGGCGACGGGCCCGGCGACCGCGGCGCCGCGCGGCGCCGCGACGCCGCCGCGAAAGCGUUCACGUCGCUCAGCGCGCACGCGCGGAGCCCCGACGCCGGCGCCGCGCGGCCGGGCCUGCGGCCCGCGGCCUUCGUCGCCGCGCCCGACGAGUCGGAGCCGUCGAGCCGCAACGACGACGGCGACUUCUCGUCCGACAGCGACGACGACGACGCGGCGGCGCCGCACGUCUGGAGCCCGCGGAACCCGAACCCGCGCGGCCCCUGA